GAUGCAGAUGACCACAAGCAUUAUAAUAGAGAUUAUGAAAAGAGUCACCGUCAUCAUUAUAGUAAAUCCUCUUGUCAAAGCACAAAAAAUCAUAAAAGAAAACAUAAGAAACAUGACACCAGUCACAGCUCACAUUUGAUGAGAUUAUUUCCACUUUAGGGGAGGGUGCUUUUGGAAAAGUAGUAGAAUGCAUUGAUCACCACAUGUAAGUACACCAUCUCUCCAGAAGUGUUUCCAAAAUAAAUUUCAUCUUUUAAAGAUAGAAAUUGCAUUGAGUAAGCAUGCUUGUCUUUGUUAUUGCUAGGCUAAAAUGUAAUAAUAGAGAUAACCUGAAAGUGAGAAAGACAAGCAUGAUUCAAUGAAACCAGGUACACCCGUGUAAGAGAGUUUGCUUUUUAACUGUUAUUGUUGCAGAUUCUACAGCUGAUAUCACAAGUCGGUGUUGUAACCAAUUGAUCUCCUUGUCUGUGAGACUUGUUGCAAUGAUGCCCUUACCAUGUGUACAAUGCCCCUCCUAAACUAUGGCCAGAAUUUGAACAAAGUGUCCUCAUGAAAUGUUUAUAGUGGGAAAGGUUCCAUCUUAAAAGGGCUCCUUUUUAUGUAAACAUCAAUUUAAAGAACCUUUGUUAAAAAUACAAAUAUUUAUGCUUUUCUUUAGUACAUUUCAGUUUUUGUGUGAAAAAGAGUAAACAGGAAUUUGAGAAACAGAAACUAUUAUUAUUACAUACUUCUGUAUUAAUCUGAUUUGAAACCCUUAAAUAGAGUCAGUUAGAGAACUUAAUAUAUAUAAUGUGAGUCUUCACACUUAAGGGUGGGCAUCCAUGGGAGGCUAGGUGGCUGCAUUAGCCUCCUAGGACACCUAAGAGAGCCAGACACCCCCCACUGCAAAAAACAACACUAAACAAUUUUCUGUUCCAAAUGCCCUCUAAGGGCUAGGGGGCAUUUUUGUCAUGUUUUAGUCCCCCUAAGAUAUUUUAGGCCCCAAAGAGAUAUUUUAUCAGAACAAGAAACGAUGAGAAGUCACUUCCAUUUACUUCCAGGGUUUAAAAGGGGCUCUUCUGGUGCAAAGAAGGCCUGGAGAGCUCAUGCAUGUGGAGAAAAUGCCCCCAUGUCCCCAUGGAAAGCAUUGGAGGGGGUGGAGGGCUUUUGAAAAACUUUUGACCCAUGAAGGCCAUAAAAAUGGCCCCAGUUACAUGCAUGCUGCAGGCUGCACUUUGCCCAUUUUGCUGUAAACUAAUCUCAGCAUAAUACUACUGUGAUGCUUCUUCCCAAGAGUGAAAUGUAAAUAUGCCAGAUUGCUUACAUUCUUGGUUUACCUAUUCCUGACUCUCAAAGAAAGAAGGAAAGAAAAAGAUUGGAAUAUUUGUGAAUGAAAGUUUAUUCAUUAUUCUUUCUCUCUUAGAAGAAAGUAGUAAAGGGCAGUUUUUGCUGAUUCUUCCUUCUCCCUGGAGACACCUGAAAAACUACUCCAACAGGAUUUGGGGACCCUUUGUAACAGUGUGAGAAGGAAUGUUGCAAGUUGGAGGGGGAAAUCAACAAAAAUCACCUGCCAUUCUGCAUGGAAGGGCAGUUCUGGAUCCAGCCUAUAAUUAUUGGUUAUACUGCAGAAUGGGUUUUUGUAGAAGCUUCUGCUGAUGGCUGUGAACAAAAAUUGUGAUGCUGAAAAUAUCCCCAAAAGUAGCUAUUGAGCAUUAAUUUGUUUUAAACAGUAGAGCUCCAAAAUUGUGCAUAUCUCCUGAACAGAAAAGCAAAUUGAGUAUGGCAUUUACAGAGUCAUUAUUUGUAAUGUCUAUUUCAAUAAAAUACUGAAUUUAAAAGUUAACAACAAAUAAUGAUUAUACAGCAGGCCCUCCCCUUACGCGUAAGAGGAAAUCCACAUAGGCUUGUGAUCCAUUAGAAACAAUGGGGGUGCGUGCUUGUGGCUCAGAGUGGCAUACACACCAUUACUUUAAUUGCAGUUCAGCUUCUGCGUAAGCUAAAGCCGCAUAUAGUGUGCCCGUGUAUGGCGUGGGCGCACUGUACCUCUUGGUCUCAGUGCUGAGAUUCUUAGGUGUACGUGGACAAAGUAAGAAGCCGUUUUCACAACACAGAGAAUAUGGAAUUCAAAAGACUCUUGGCUCAAGUGCCAUAUGUACAGUAGGCAAUAUAGAUUAUAUAUUGCUAGAAUAUGGGUUUGUAUCAGAGCCCUGUUAAGUACUAAUUGGUUUCCACCCUGACACUGGCCUUUAUAAGUGGGAAAUAACUGUGAUCCACUGAUGAGUGUAGACUACAGUAGAUUGCAUGACACUUACUGGAGGGUAGGUAUAGUUAUUUCACAAUAUUUUUAUUUCAUUCUGUAGGAGGGCGAUGCAUGUAGCUAUAAAAAUAGUGAAAAGUGUUGGUAGAUAUCGAGAAGCAGCUCGUUCAGAAAUUCAGGUACUGGAGCAUUUAAAUACCUUGGAUCCUAGCAGUACCUUUCGUUGUGUACAGAUGUUGGAAUGGUUUGAACAUCAUGGUCAUAUGUGCAUUGUGUUUGAGCUAUUGGGACUCAGUACCUACGAUUUCAUUAAAGAAAAUAGCUUUUUGCCUUUUCCUCUUGAACUUAUUAGGAAGAUGGCUUAUCAGAUUUGUCAAUCCAUAAACUUCUUGCAUCACAAUAAGUUGACUCAUACAGAUCUGAAACCUGAAAAUAUUUUAUUUGUGGAGUCUGAUUAUAUAGUAAAGUACAAUUCUAAAAUGAGGAGAGAUGAACGCACAUUGAAAAACACAGAUAUCAAAGUUGUAGACUUUGGAAGUGCAACAUACGAUAAUGAGCAUCACAGCACUUUAGUGUCUACAAGACAUUACAGAGCACCUGAAGUUAUAUUAGCCCUUGGGUGGUCCCAGCCCUGUGAUGUUUGGAGUAUAGGAUGCAUUCUGAUUGAGUACUAUCUUGGCUUUACAGUCUUUCAAACUCAUGAUAGUAAGGAACAUCUGGCAAUGAUGGAGAGAAUACUGGGGCCUCUACCAGUGCACAUGAUUAAAAAAUCAAGGAAACAUUAUUUCCACCAAGACCAGUUGGAUUGGGAUGAACAUAGUUCUGCAGGGCGCUAUGUUAGGAGACGGUGUAAACCACUGAAGGAAUUCAUGCACUGCCAUGAUAAAGACCAUGAAAAUCUUUUUGACCUGAUUCGUAGGAUGUUGGAGUAUGAUCCAAUCAAGAGAAUUACUCUAGAUGAGGCAUUGGAGCAUCCUUUCUUUGAUUCCCUAAAAGAAAGAGAACUCAGUUGAUCUUAACUUCUUUACAAGAAGUGAUUUGGAGUGUGUCAGUCAACACCCAGGCCUAAAUACAAUGUCAUGCUGGUAUUGCAACACCAGUGUAAGUGAACUGCCUUCCCUGCCCCAUGACCAGUUCUCCUUGGUGUUAUCCAAGCCAGUUCUGCAGUGUUUUCCAGCCUCUAGAGCAGGUUUUUGGGUGCAGUCAGAGGGAUAAUCAACCCCUCCAGUUUUUCUGAGAGACGUUGUUCAAUCAGCAGUUGUCCUUUCUCCCAUCAGAUUUAGGCUAUAUUGUAAAUAAUAAAUUAUUUUGUACAGUUUAUUCUGUAUGUAUAACUACAUUUUUGUAUUGAUGCUAUGUAUCUUAUUCAACUGUUAUGGUCUUGAUUAUGGAUACUUUCAGAUAAACAUUAAAAUUUUGGUUUUCUACAA